AUGUUCGCGACCAGACAUAAAAACGAGAACGUCAUAUACGAGCAGCAACAAGCUGCAGCCGCGAAACCGCUGAAUCAGGUUGCAAAGGGCCUUGCGCCGAAGACGCCGGCGAAUAAGGCAGCCAAGACACCCUUCAAGAUUCCCCUAAACGACGAGAAUGCGGCUUUCACGAGAGGGAAGACAGGCGCAAAGGGCAAAGAGGGUGGACUUUUCGGAGAUGGUAAGGGUAGCAAAGCAGAUCAAAAUGCUUUCGUUACUCCAGCUGGCCCAGGCAAUCGAGCUCCGUUAGGUGCCAAGACUACAAAUGCCAAAGCUACCGCCUUCUGCACACCACUCGCACCGCAUUCGGCUCACGAGAAGCCUUCUUCAGUCCAAGCGACCAGCCCCCGUCUCCACCGUGCCAAAGUCAAGAUCCACACUGCACAAGAGGAUGCUCUCGAAGAGGAUGCCGAGGAGCGCGAGAUCGAGUACAUGCCACCCCGGGAGGUCCCGCUGCCAGACUAUCCAGACGACUGCUGGCCGCACGAUCGAACGUAUCCGCAAUUCGAAGGUGCAAACUUGACGCGCGGAUGGUGGGAGACGUUUCGACCGCGUACGAAGUAUGACGAUGAAGGCAGUGAUGCCGAGUCGACGGACGAGGAUGAGAAGGUCCGGAGGGCUGUAGAGACGAAAGCGAGGAAGCAGCGGGAGGCGGAGAUGGCUGCGCGGCAGGCUUAUGAAGAGCUAACCAAAGCGCCUGACACGCUCAAGUCACACACUGCUGCGGCUGCCCUCUCAUCCGUCAGAACCGCGAAGGCGAGAGAUUCGCGCAGCUUUGCGGCACCGACAGCCGCGACGAUAGCACGUCAGCAGUUGGCUCCUCGUACAACAAAGUCAGCCGCGCACGGGCUGUCAGCUCGAGGCAACACUCGCUUCACAGCAGCCAAAGCGGCUUCGAACACGACGUUAGGCUAUUCCAAGGGCAGAGUCGUGUCGGCCACUGCUCGCCAACCGCUGAGUGAGGUUCACAGCAAGCCGGUCGGCGGACAUGCACGAAAUUCUCUGAAAGCAACGAUGCCAGCUGGGCGCGGCUCUUUAGUGCUGCAGGAAGCAGACCAAUCAGAAGAUGGACUAGUUGGCUUCGGCGUUUCCCUCAAGGACAUGGAAUACGAUGAGUUUGCGGACUUCCAGCUGGACAUGCCAGAGGAUCUUUGA